UGGAGCUCAUGGUGCUCAAAGCGAAACCAGUGCUAGGUGGAGAGAGAGAGAAACUGUCAUAUCCACGUGAGACGAAGAAUUUGGACUUUGCUGGGCUCAGGUGCACAUCUCAAAGUUUCAUUAGAAACAGGAAGCAAAAGAGGGAGAAGCACAGCUAUGAGUAGUCCUAGUGCCAAGCCAACAUGCCUGUCGCAGCCUGUGGUGAAGAGUGUGACGGUGUAUCGUAAUGGAGAUCCAUUCUUCCCAGGGCGCCGAGUGGUCAUCCACGAGAAAAAGGUGUCUAGUUUUGAUGUCUUCCUGAAAGAGGUGACGAGUGGGGUGAAUGCCCCCUUUGGAGCUGUGCGGAAUAUCUACACUCCUUUUGGUGGGCAUCGUGUCCGGCAACUGGAUGAAAUUCGGAGCGGAGAGCACUAUGUUGCUGGUGGAAGGGAGGCCUUCAAAAAACUCAACUACUUGGACAUAGGAGAACCAAAGAAAAGGCCUAUAGAAACAAAUAAUGAGGUGAAGCCAGUUAUCCACAGCAGAAUCAAUGUGUCGGCACGCUUUCGAAAGCCGCUUCAGGAGCCAUGCACUGUCUUCCUGAUUGCAAAUGGUGAUCUCGUAAGUCCCGCAGUGCGUCUUUUUAUCCCGAGGAAAACGCUGAAUCAGUGGGACCACGUUCUUGAAAUGGUUACUGAGAAAAUUACACUCAGAAACGGAGCUGUUCACAGGCUCUACACUUUAGAUGGAAGGCUGGUUGAGAGUGGGUUGGAUUUGGAAAAUGGACAGUUUUAUGUAGCAGUUGGCAGAGACAAAUUUAAGAAGUUACCCUAUAGUGAAGUGUUAUUUACCAAAUCCACAGAUAGGAGAUCUUAUGGGUCAAAAUCAUCUGGGAAGUCUAAGGGGAGUUCCAAAUCUACAGACACAGGUGACACAAUAUCGUCUCCUCCACCUUCAAAAAGGAAGGAAAAGCAUAGACAGAAUCAAGAGCCUAAAAAUCCUGCAAAAUCAAAAGAAAAUGUACAAGUAGUGACAAAAACUUAUAUUCUCCCAGAUAAUGACGAGGGUGUUUACAAGGCUGGGAAAAAACCAUCUGAAAUACGGGGGGCUGUGGAAGUCCAAGAAGAUGAAGACACUCAGAUUGAGGUCCCAGUUGAUCAGCGGCCAGCGGAAACAGUGGAUGAGGAAGAAAAUGUAGCUCGGUACAACGGCGAAUAUUCAGCAAUGAAUGGGGAGGCUGAUCCAGGUGAAGAAACUGGUGAGACUGUCAAUGAAAUGGAAAACAACAAAGAGAAAAUGGAUGACCAUUCCGACAAUGAACAGCCAGAGAUUGAUGAAGCAGGGGAGGGUGAGACUAGUCAUGCACAUGGUGGAACAAAUGAAGAAAAUGGUGAGGAAAUGGAUCAUAAUGGCCAUGAAGAAGAAACAAAAGAAAGUGUGGAUGAUCCAACCCAGGGUGAUGCUCAGAAAGCUUCAGCUCCAAGAGUAACCAUCACCAGUCCUCAGGAAAGUGAAAAAAAUGAACAAAGUAAUGACUAUGCAGCAGUAGCAUAGAUAUAUUUCAAAGGACAUAGAGGAGUAGAUAAUGAAGGAUUUGGAAUGCAAAGCAUCUUUUUCUGUAUUCAGUUAAUUUAUAAUGUGACAAUAUGAUGGAGCUUUACCCGUUAAACCCUGAAGUGAUAAUGUGGUAUCCAGUACUUAGAUAAAUAAAUGAAGAGGAAGAUUAGGAGGAAGAUCAAAUUAUAGUUCCAAAAUUUGGUUUCUUUCCCAUCUGAAUUUUAAGACAAAUUAUAGUUUAAAAAAAUAAAUUGAAGAGUGUUGAACUAGCCCACAUUUAUACUGAUAACAGAUACGGUUAAGAUGAAAGCAAUUUGUUUAGAAAAGUAUAAAAAAUGUUUUUGUGAUUUUAAAUGGAAAACCUGUAAUUUUUUUAUAGCUGAAUAAACAUAAACAGUAGGAUUUAA